AUGGGUCUCCUAGCCAUAUUGGGCUUGCUGCUGGUAAUCACAAAGUCAUCUAUGGAAAUAUCUUCAGAAUAUUUAGAAAAUGAUAAUGAUAAUCGUUUAAUAAAUAACGUGAGAAUACACAAGCGUGAAGCUAAACCGUCUAGACGUAAAAACAAUGAGUCAGAUAAUAAAGACUUUAUAGAAGAAAAACUCGUCGCCCAUGGUCAAGCUUUGGAGCACCUAGUAACAAUGGUUCAGAAGAAUGAGGAGCUAACGAGAAAAUUGGUUGAAAAACUUAGCGCCCUAAAAACCGUUGAAGAACCAGAAAUGCCAGAGAAAGUGGAGGUACAUAACACUAGACGUAGUUAUGUUGUUGAUGAUGACGAACAAAAACAAAAUGUAGCAGAAAAUCCUUUUACCCGACUUGCCAGAAAUUUGCCUAAGUACGGAUUGCUGCUAAAAGAUCUAGUGCUAGCCAGAGAUGCAUCGGCCGAUCCGCUUUCCGGUCGUCGCUCGUUCGGGAAAGUGGAUACGCCCGUUAUCAGAGGUGAAACUGGCAAUCAGUGGUGUAUAGCUGCCUUUCUUUGCCGCAGUGACAAUGACAAAGUCUGUGGUUUCGAUAGUAGCUACGGCUAUGGAAGGUUUAAGGACAUUUGCCACAUGUUUGAUGUUAACUGCUACUGGAAAUACAAUUUCCUUCUUUCACAUGCAUGCGAUCAAUUUUUUUAAUGAUUGAACCGAUAACAUUAAAUUUACUAACCAUAUCUAAAUAACG